AUGCCUCUCCUCAAAGCCAAAUCGGCGACGCAGUCUGUGCGCGUCGAGAAGGUAGUCGUGAAGAAGGCCGUCAAGAAGGUUACCGCCCCGACGCCGCGGUCCAGCCUCGCCCCCAACGGCAGUCUGCGCGCGACCUCGGACGCCUCGUCUUCGUCGCCGCGCCUGCUGUCGCCGAACUCCAGGGCCGUCGCCCGCACAAAGAGCGCCUCGCCCUACCCCUCGUCGUCGGACGAGCGCGCCGGCCGCAAGCGCACCCUCACCCAGCGCCGCCAGAACACGCCGCGCGACUCCCCCCACUUCGGCCCCGACGACAGCGACGACGACGACGACGAGGACCCCUUCGCCAAGAAGCGCAAGGUCAUCAGCACCUGGAGGGACCCGCACCGCAGGCUGCGGCACAAGAAGGCCUUUGGCGAUGACAUCAGGUCGCCGAACAUCAUACACGGCGCCGAUCUUGCCUCGGUCAAGACCGGCUGCCCGCCCGCCUUCGGCGCGCCCGAGGACGAGGUAGCCGUCCAGCUGCAAUAUCCCUCGCGGUGCCGGGCUGAGAGGUACGAACUCGUGUUCAAGAAGGACAGGAUAGACGCCGUCAAGGACAUCAAACAAGUCGUCAAGCACGUCGCCGAAACAUAUCUUACGGAGGAGCAAGCGCAACCCUUCAUUGAUCACAACUCCAGCUUCUACAGAGAUUUGGAGAAGGCCGCCAACGAGAAGCGAUGCGACGUCCCUGCGUUCAAGGCGGCCCUCAACAGCUACAAUACAAGCCUGCUCUCGCUGGUCGAGGAUGGCUCGGUAGCCAAGAAUCUCGAUAAUAUGCACGGCAUCCCUCCCUCCCUGGUCGAUUUUAUCCUCACCCAAGUGUACGAGCGCACUGUAUCUCCGAACGUCGACUCGCUCAAUAAAUACCAGCCCGGAGGCGACAACGUCUAUGGAGAGCUCAAUGCUCCCUUUGUCCGCGAGAUCCUGCAGGUACACGGCGGACUGACGUCGGAGAAGGUCUUCAUCGACCUGGGGUCGGGUGUCGGCAAUGUCGUAUUGCAGGCCGCUCUCGAGAUCGGAUGCCGAAGCUAUGGCUGUGAGAUGGUCGAGAACUCGUGCAAUUUCGCCGAGGCGCAAGAAAAGGAGUUCAACGCGCGGUGCCUCCUCUGGGGCAUCGGGCCAGGUCGGGUGCGUCUCGAGAGAGGCGACUUCCGGACGAACAAGAAGAUCCUCGAGGUCUUGAAGGAAGCCGAUUGCAUCCUGGUCAACAACAAGGCCUUCACCCCAGCCCUCAACGCGGCCCUGGUGAGCAUGUUCCUGGAUCUGAAGCCGGGCUGCAAGGUCGUGUCUCUCGUGUCCUUCAUUCUCGGCAACGAGAAGAACGCGAUCAACGAUAUUGCAAACAACAUCUUUGAGGUCGUCGAAGACACGUACAAGGAAGACUGGGUUAGCUGGUCGCGGGCCCCCGGGCGGUAUUUCGUGUCUACUAGGAAGUAA